AUGGAUGCUGCUGCAAUUAGAAAGACGGAGCGCCUGCUCGUCAUUUUCUUCAAGAGAAUCCCCCCUCCACUGGUCGCGCAUAUCAACCGAAAGUUCCCAGAGGCCGAAGUGACUAUUUACCAUUCCCAGAAAGCCGUUCCUGUUCCAAGAGACAUAUGGCAAAACGCGACGCUGGUUUGCACAUUUACCGAUCUUCCCGAUCUCGAGGACGCUGGAAAUAUUAAACUGAUUCAUACUGUCUCGGCUGGUAUUGACCACUUCGUUCACCACCCUAUCAUCCAAAACUCUACCAUCCCCAUCACCACCAGCUCCGGCAUCCACGGUCCUCCCAUGGCAGAAUGGACCGUAAUGAACUGGUUGGCCUCCGCGAGGAAGUUCCUUCAUACGCGUGAAGCGCAGAAGCAACACAUCUGGGGGGAUCCCGAUGAGUACAUGCCCACCUGCACCGAUCAGGUCGGGAAGAAAGUGGGCAUUCUGGGAUACGGGAGCAUUGGACGGCAGAUCGCAAACGUAUGCGCAGCCCUAGGGAUGACUGUCCAUGCAUAUACAGCGUCCCCACGCCCUACUCCCGCCUCGCGACGUGACACAGGAUACAUUGUCCCUGGCACUGGCGACGCAGACGGCACAAUCCCAGUAUCCUGGCAUCACGGCCUAGACAAAGCAUCCAUCCACUCAUUCCUUUCUCUCGGUAUCGACCACCUCAUUAUUUCCCUCCCGCUCACCCCGCAAACCACUCAUCUCAUCGGCGCAGAGGAAUUUGCUCUCCUUGCUGCCAACAGCACUCAUCCGUUCAGCAAGCCGUACCUAACCAACAUCUCGCGCGGGAAGGUCAUUGAUCAGGAUGCGUUGGUGCAAUCGCUCAAGUCUGGGGAAUUGAGCGGUGCUGCGCUGGAUGUGACAGACCCUGAACCUUUGCCGGCGGACCAUCCGUUGUGGGAUGCGCCGGGUGUGCAGAUUAGUCCUCAUGUCAGUUCUCUCGGAAGGGAGUAUUUUCCAAGGUCGUUGGAUAUUCUUCGGGUGAAUCUGGAUAGGAUGAAGAAGGGGGAGGAAUUCGUAAAUGAGUACAAGCGGGGGAAGGGGUAUUAA